UUCAUUACCCUCUGCUCUCCUAUCUAUGUAACUUGCCACUUUGCGUUUACCCUUCUUAUUCUCUCUCUCUCACUCACUCACUUCAAAGUUCAAAGUUCCAAGUUCCAAGUUCCAAGUUUCAAGUUCCAUUACACAACACACCUAUUUUAGUUGUAGACAAAGCCACAUAAAUAGACCCAAGAGGUUUAACUUAGGCAACGACGAGACGCCUCUCUUAUCCUCCACUUCCAGUUUCAACCAUGUCCUGCCGGAAAAGACAAAAGACUUCGCCGGACAAAACCUCCGACGACUUCUUCGACUCUCUCCCCGACGACCUUGUCCUCUCUAUCCUCUGCAAGCUCAGCUCCACCGCAACUUCCCCCUCCGAUUUCAUUAGUGUCUUAAUAACGUGCAAGAGACUAAACUCCUUAGGCCUUCACUCUCUUGUGUUAUCAAAAGCUUCCCACAAAACAUUCUCAGUCAAAGCCAAAAACUGGUGCGACUCUCUUCACCGUUUCCUCAAACAUUGUGCAGAUGCCGGAAACAUUGAAGCCUGUUACACUCUCGGCAUGAUUCGGUUUUACUGCUUGCAAAACAGAGGGAGCGGCGCGUCGCUGAUGGCGAAGGCGGCGAUGAAUUCUCACGCGCCGGCGCUGUACUCGCUCGCGGUGAUACAGUUCAACGGAAGCGGCGGCACCAAAAACGACAAGGACCUUCGAGCGGGUGUGGCGCUUUGCGCACGCGCUGCGUUCCUCGGUCAUAUCGACGCGCUGCGUGAGCUUGGUCAUUGCUUGCAAGACGGUUACGGCGUUAAGCUAAACGUAACGGAGGGACGACGGUUUUUGGUGCAAGCAAACGCUCGUGAACUCGCCGCCGUGCUCUCCGCCGGGAAUACCAAGCGCCCCUGGCUGACCUGGAGCCACCACCCUGUCACCCACCCGCGGCUCCGGUCGGGUUGCCCGUUGAUGAGUGAUUACGGGUGCAAUGUUCCGGCGCCGGAUGCUCACCCGGCGAGUCAGUUUAUGUCGGAGUGGUUUGAUAUCCGGGGCGGGUUUCCGGGUCCGGAUAUGAGGCUUUGUUCUCAUUCGGGUUGCGGGCGACCCGAGACAAGGAGGCACGAGUUUCGAAGGUGUUCGGUUUGCGGUUUGGUGAAUUAUUGCUCACGCGCUUGUCAGGCGCUUGAUUGGAAGUUCCGGCACAAGGCGGAAUGUGCUACCGUUGAGAGGUGGCUCGAUGACGACGGCGAAGGCGUCGCCGGUGAGAAUGACGGCGGCGGAGAUGACGGGGUAAUGAUGGUUAAUAGUUAGAAGACUAGACUAUUUUUACAAACGUUAACGGUAAAUGAAGUCUGCUUGGAAGUUUCAACGGGUAUGAAUUUAUUUUUUACAUGGGGUAAAAGAAAAAAAUCUCAUUUUUUGCCGUGGUUAUGCGAAGUGCAAACUUCAAUGACAGGGUUUUGCUUCGACCUCUGUUCCUUUUACUUUUUCUGUUACUGUUGUAUAGAACCGUAAAUGAAUUCUCCUGAAAAACAAAAUGAAGGAGAUAGUUUUUGUUAUAGAGCAACUAUCAUCCUUGAUUAAUUGUUAAUUCUGGUAAAUUAUAGUGUAUGAACUUUUUAUGUUUGUACUUCCAAUUUAUUUAAUUACUUUUUAUUUGCUUGAUAA